UAUGAACACGUGAAGCAAAAUUUGAAGUAAUAAUUACACCGGGGGUAUAAACAUAGGACAAAAUUAACUAAAAAAUUAAAAACACCAGCACUACAAUAAAAAUAUUUGUUAUGGGAGGAACAGUUACGCAUAAGUAAAUGUUUCUGUACGGACGCAUUUCCAAGCAGUGCACAUAAGGGCGAAAAGCCCAAAAUUUUGUUUUGUGAUCAUGUCUGGGCUUUCAGAAACGGAGCGUGUUGGCUUUAAAAAGAUAUUGAGCUCGAUGACAGAUGUCGACUUAAGGUCACUUAGUGACACGGUUACAAAUAAGAUGAUUGUUGUGGAAAACGUGACAGAGGCUAUGGAAACAAUUCUGAGUUUCUCCAAAAGUGGAGAGGAGCUUCUCAGAAGGAGAAAGGUUCACCGUGACCUCAUAUUUAAAUACCUCGUCAAAGAAGGGGUGACGAUGCCGCCAACCAGCGAGAAACACCAGCUGGUGAAGAGGACGCUGGAGCUGUGGUCGUCAGUAACGGUAGGGCAGGGUAUGCUAACCUGUUCCCAUGGUUAUACAGUCGUAGUUUAAUGAAUGAUAUUUAAAACAUUACGCUAUUUUUGCAUCUAAAACGGUUAGGAAAAGCUCUGACACAUUUAAUAAAUGUUUGAAAUAAUUUGCAGUUUGAGUUUUUAAUUAAUUUAUGGUCAGUUUUGAUAGUGCAUUAAAUUUCAACUUAUCUACUUGUUGCUACUUGUCAGCUGCUUGAAACAACCAUACAACACUUUUCUCUGGCUUUCGGAACAGACAAAAUCAUCAAAUUGGAAAGUGUUCCAAUUGUUCACAUAGUUCUACUUUAUUUGUUUCAGAUCCAGUAGGUUGAUUUCACCACAGACACACUUAAGCUUACUCUAUUUAUUUUAACAAGAGAAAAAGUGAAGUUGGAAGCUAAUAUCAGUCCAGCACCUUGUGCUCCACAGUUACAAACUGG